AUGUCUAGAGAAGUGGCAUCUGAACCUCUCAGAAGAGUAACGCAUUUCAUUUUGAACUUUACGGACCCUCUUGGUUCAAAAUUAAAUCGAAUUCUUCUUGCCGAAAUGGCUGUGGUUCGUCCUGUUCUCAAAAAUAACUGCUACUUUGCGCAUGCUGAAAACAUUCUCUUAGCUGCAGUUAGUGAUAGUGAUAUGGAAAUUCGUCGUUUUUCAGUAGAACAAAUAAUAAGAGCAAGAGAGAAGCAGACUAAUAGUAACAUACCGGUUAGCGUCUUUGAUAAGAAGGAUAUAACAUUAAAUCUGGCUGCGACAUCGUUCAUUAACAUGAUUGACUGGGACCAGAGUAAUGUUACGUCUCCUCCGAUGCUAUCACACCUUUCAAAUGAUCAACUUACUUACACACAUCCAAUACUACUGCCCGAUGUUCCAUGUCAUUCACAGGCAGUAGAGAGAACAAUUAAAGACGUUAGCGCUGCCAGCUGUAAAGUUUAUGGGAGAAAGUCCUGUCAUGGCAUGGUGCUACAGAGUAAGAAAUCCAGAUUAGAGAUACCAAAAACAGACAGCAAGAAAGAUUUUAUUAACAGUUAG